GCUCUCGCACGUGGUUGUGUUACCCCGGCUUGAGCCGGCGCAGGCAGAGAAGUAGUUUGAAUUGUUUUACUGGAGCUAGUGAGCGGAGCCGGGACCAUGGAGGGCCAGAGCGUGGAGGAGCUGCUGGCAAAGGCGGAGCGAGACGAAGCCGACAAGUUGCAGCGCAUCACGGUGCACAAGGAGCUGGAGCUGGAGUUCGACCUGGGUAACCUGCUGGCCUCGGACCGGAAUCCUCCCACGGGCCUGCGGCGCGGGGAACCCACCCCGGAGGCCGAACUGCGGGCCUUGGCGCGGGACAACACGCAGCUGCUUAUCAACCAGCUGUGGCAGUUGCCCACGGAGCGCGUAGAGGAGGCGCUGGUGGCGCGGUUGCCGGAGCCCACCACUCGCCUGCCGCGCGAGAAGCCAGUGCCCCGGCCGCGGCCGCUUACCCGCUGGCAGCAGUUCGCGCGCCUCAAGGGCAUCCGGCCCAAAAAGAAGACCAAUCUGGUGUGGGACGAGGUAAGCGGCCAGUGGCGACGCCGCUGGGGCUACCAGCGCGCCCGCGACGACACCAAGGAGUGGCUGAUCGAGGUGCCCGGUAGUUCCGACCCCUUGGAGGACCAGUUCGCCAAGCGCAUUCAGGCUAAGAAGGAACGGGUGGCCAAGAACGAGCUGAACAGGCUGCGUAACUUAGCCCGCGCGCACAAGAUGCGGCUCCCCAGCUCGGCCGGGAUGCACCCUACGGGACACCAGAGUAAGCAGGAGCUGGGCCGCGCCCUGCAAGUGGCCAAGGUCUCCACCGCUUCAGUGGGGCGCUUUCAGGAGCUCCUGCCCAAGGAGAAGGCCCCCCGGGGCUCCGGCAAGAAGAGGAAGUUUCAGCCUCUUUUCGGGGACUUUGCAGCGGAGAAAAAGAGCCAGUUGGAGAUGCUGCGGGUCAUGAACAGCAAAAAGCCUCAGCUGGACGUGACAAGGGCCACCAAUAAGCAGAUGAGGGAGGAAGACCAGGAGGAGGCGGCCAAGAGGAGAAAAAUGAGCCAAAAGGGCAAGAGAAAGGGGGGCCGGCAGGGUCCUGGGGGCAGGAGGAAAGGGGGUCCGCCCAACCAGGGGGGUAAGAGGAAAGGCGGCUUGGGAGGCAAGAUGAAUUCCGGGCCGCCCGGCUUGGGUGGCAAGAGGAAAGGAGGGCAACACCAAGGAGGGAAGAAGAGGAAGUGAAGUUGACCCUCUGACCUGUAAACCAAGAACUACUCUAAAUGUUAAGGUCUAAGUCCUGCAGGGGGAUGCAGAAGUAGGUGGCCACCGCCUUCAUUGAGGUUGAAGGGAUAGGAUUACCCUCCCCUCAAGAUACUAUGAAAAUGUUGGACUUUACAAAUUAAUGUUUUUCCAAUAACCAUGUCUUUGGCUGGAGAUUUAAAGGAUGUAUUUUUUUUUUUUAUUAACGUUGGAUGUGGUAUGAGGGACAGUUCAUAUUUCAGAGACAAAAUAGUAUGACCAGCUUUAUUUUUGUAACAAGCUUGUGUAUUUAUCAAAGUAGCUGGGAGCACACAGAAAGGUUUCAGAACUGACCUUAAAAGUAAUUGUUGUGAAGUUAUUUAAUAAAAGUGUGUCUGUAUCUAA